AUGUCUUAUCUACUGAAUGUUUUUAAUAAAGUUUGCAAGCAAUGUCCAGUCUCUUCUCGAUCUUUUGUGUCAAGCCCUCAGAUGCAGUCCAGAGCUGGAUUAAUUUUUCGACAGCUGUUUGACCAUGAAAGCUGCACCUAUACCUACCUUCUUGGUGAUGUUUCUGCUAAAGAAUGUGUUAUAAUCGACCCUGUAUUGGAGCAGGUCGAAAGAGACACAAAACUUAUAAAUGAACUCGGUUUGAAGUUGAAAUAUGCCAUGAACACGCAUAUGCAUGCCGACCACAUCACAGGGACUGGUCUUUUGAAGAAAACUCUUCCAGGCUGUAAGUCACUUAUUUCCAAGACCAGCGGAGCUGCAGCAGAUGUUCAUGUUAACCAUAAUGAUGUAGUUCAAUUUGGUGAUUUUUGCCUCACUGUCAAAUCUACUCCUGGCCACACUAAUGGCUGUGUUACAUAUGUUUGUGAUAAAGAAAGCAUGGCUUUUACUGGUGAUACUCUUCUAAUAAGAGGUUGUGGAAGAACUGAUUUCCAGGAAGGUGAUUCUAAUACUCUUUAUGAUUCCGUUUACAAAGAAAUCUUUUCUUUACCUGGAUAUUACAAAUUAUUUCCAGCUCAUGAUUACAAAGGUUUACCUUACACUACAGUGGAUGAAGAAAAAAAGUUUAAUCCCCGCCUAACAAAGAAUAAAGAAGACUUUGUACAACUGAUGAAAAAUUUAAAUCUCCCUUAUCCUAAAAAGAUUGAUGUUGCAGUACCAGCAAAUAGAGUGUGUGGUAUUCAAGACUCAUUUUGA